UGAAGAUCAACUAUAAUCGAGAUUGAUGGAGGUAUCUGGAAGGAAACGUGACCCUGACUUUGACAAGGGCUCCACAGACACAACUGUCUACUGUCAGCCGUGUAAAGAGGAGGGCAAACGCGCUAUAGCACAGGAAUUCUGUCAGACCUGCGAGGAGUACAUGUGUGAUCCCUGUAUCAAGGCCCAUAAGAAAUUCAAGAUGUCCAGGAACCACAUUAUGUUGUCAAAAGACAAGAUGCCGUCUUUCUAUCCAUCCACCAAGCAGUCUGACAUCGGCGACACGGAAUAUUGUAAAAACCAUCCAAAGGAGAUAAUCAAGUUUUACUGCCCGACCCAUGGCGACCUUGGCUGUGCUGACUGUGUCGUACUUAACCAUCGCAGCUGUAAAGUCGAUUACAUCGCUGACGUGGCUAAAGAUUUUGUCAUUGGAAAUGAUUUCAAAGAGCUGGAACCAUCGAUUAAACGAGCUGAAGAUCUUCUAUCUGGGUCUAUAAGUAAUGUCAAUGAGCUUUUGGACGAGGUUGAAAACCAGUCUGACAACGAGAUCGCAAGAUUGAGGAAGUUCCGGGGAGAAAUCAACACCUACCUGGACCGCCGCGAGAAGGAGUUGCUCGAUAACAUCCGGAAAAUGAAAACCGAUAAUCAAAACGAGCUGACUGCAGUUAAAACUGACUGUGAGUCGUCGAAAUCGGGACUUGAGGCCAUAAGGACGGAUCUGUCUUCCGGUGACAUCUCGAUGAACCAGCGGUAUGUGGCGGCGAGGAGAGCCCAGAGGGCCAUACGGGAUAUACUGGAGAAGAAGGAGCAGAUGACUGGUCUGAUAAAGGCCCGAAAGUAUCAGUUCAUUAAAGACCCGGAGACGGAACGUCUUCUUGGAUCGAGCAUGGGCCUGGGAACACUGGACGUUGCGGGAGAGUUUGUUUCAGUUCCUGACCUCUCUACUGUGACAUGGAAGAAGGGGUCGAACAUCCCGGUUAAAACGUCGCAGGACCAGGGAACCUCUUCGAUCAGCGGCUUCGCCUUUCUCUCGUCUGGUCUCUUACUCCUGGCUGACAUGAAUAACGAGAAUGUCAAACUUGUGAGUAUCCCCACUCGCAAAGUCACGUCCCGCCUCCAGUUGCCAGGAAAGACCUGGGACGUGUGUGUGCUCCCUGGUGACCAGGCCGCAGUCACUCUCCCGAAUAACCUCAUGAUUCAGCUGAUGUUUACAAAGCGAGGAGAGUUGACGUGCGGAAAGAAAAUUAAUGUAUCAUCUGAGUGUUAUGGUAUUGCGUUCUACAACAACAGAUUAUACGUUUCGUACGGAUCAAAGCCGCGUAUUGAAGUGAUGACAUUGGAUGGUCAUAUCAUAAGUACAUUCCAAACAGAUGAUGGAAGACAACUUUUCCAAGCACCAUAUUACCUAACUGUGUCAGCUUCAACACCACCGACUCUGUACGUGUCUGACCUCUCUGCUCACACCGUUCUCCAGCUGUCCCUGGACGGGAAGGUCCUGUAUGAGUACCGGAACAAGCAGUUCACCUGUCCCAAGUCCGUAGUAGAGGUAGGGCCUGGUCAGCUGCUCGUGUGUGGGCAGGGCAGUUACAGCGUGAUGCUGCUAAAGGAGAGGGACGGCAAAAUGACGGAAAUACUAAAAUACAAGGACGGACAAAAUGGGCCCUGGUCCGUUGCCUUCUGUCCUCACACACGUGCCAUAAUUGUCGGGAUGUUCGAUAAUAACUCACUAAAGGUAUUUAAUUCAAACUGACAGUUUUUCUUCAUCAGUCGUGUUUUUUUCUAUCUUCGAAAGAAAAAAAAUAUGUAAUUAAUACUGUUUGAGCAACUGAAUAGUUAAUGCAAUAACAUUUAUAUUUCAACAUUAGCUUAUACUAGAAGUAUUGAUAUUUUGUAAACCUGUUUUAUGAAAUUGAAACAAUUGACCAUUAUUAUGUAAAUGAAAAUGAAAUGAAUGAAUGAAUGUGGUAUUUCCAUCAGCAGUUCAUUCGUGUUUAACGACAUGUACAUGUAUCUGAUAUGUGUUAAGUGCAUUUUCCAUUUCGUUUAGCAACGAAUUAAUGCAAACAUUGUAAUGUUAUCAUACAAGAUUUUAGCUAGAAGUUGUUUGAUGUUCAAUUUUAGUUUUACAUAUUAACACAAACUGCAGAAACAAUGGUUUGGAAGGAAGGGGUUUAAUCCGUGCUGCUUCAAAGUAUUUCAUCUUGCAAAAGUACUCUGAAUUGUAAAUAUGAGCGUUUUAGAUUGAAAAA